CUCAAGGACAAGGCAACCAAGAACAAGAACAGCAUUCAUUCCAAGCAUCGCCAUGUUCAAUUACAACAAGAUCUCCGCUCUUUGCCUCGCCGUCGUAACCUUCUCCGGUGGCGCGCACGCCAAGGAAGAGGCUGCCCAGACAUUUGGGCUACUUGGAGCUGGACUGUACGGCGGUGCAGGUGCAGGUGUUGGUGCCGGUCUGUACGGUAACCGUGCUGGGUGGUAUGGACCGGGCGCUGGGGUGGGUGUUGGUGCUGGAGCUGGUGUUGGUGGUGUGGGCGCUGGUGUGGGGGUGGGUGGCGUUGGUGUUGGCGUCGGUGGCGUCGGUGGCGAUGGCUACAACGGCUACAACGGCGUGGGUGUGGGCAAUGCAGGAGUUGGUGGUGGUGCGGCCGCCAAUGCAAACGCUGGUGCCACAGCGAGUGCGAACGCUAAUGCGAAUGCGAAUGCUGGCGCAAUGUCCCAGUACCGCAGGCUGCGCUCUGAGUAG